UAAGAAGAUUUUCAGUUCAGUUCUUAUUGAGAAGAUUGAUCUAAUCGGAAAACUCUUCCCCAAUCGGAAAAACAUCAUCAAUGGCGACGCCGCUGCCGUAUCGACCAUACAGGCAUAUCAAAACCCUAACAGCUCAUCAAAGAGCAGUCUCUUGCGUUAAGUUCUCCAACGACGGAACCCUCUUAGCUUCCGCUUCCUUAGACAAAACCGUAAUCGUCUGGUCUUCCCAAACCCUAACCCUUCUCCAUCGUCUCACCGGCCAUUCCGAAGGCGUCUCCGACUUAGCCUGGUCUUCCGAUUCCCAUUACAUCUGCUCCGCAUCUGAUGAUCGUACCUUACGUAUAUGGGACGCACAUUCAGGCGAUUGCGUCAAAACACUAAAAGGUCAUACAGGUUUCGUCUUCUGCGUCAAUUUCAAUCACCAAUCAUAUCUAAUUGCAUCUGGUUCAUUCGAUGAGACCAUUAGGGUUUGGGAUGUUAAAACUGGCCGAUGUAUUCACGUCAUAGCGGCUCAUUCUAUGCCGGUGACUUCCGUUCAUUUCAAUCGUGAUGAUUCGUUGAUUGUAUCUGGAAGUCAUGAUGGUUCUUGUAAGAUUUGGGAUGCUGCAAAAGGUGUUCUUUUGAAAACUUUGAUUGAUGAUAAGGUACCUGCUGUAUCUUUUGCUAAAUUCUCUCCUAAUGGGAAAUUCAUACUUGUGGCUACUUUGGAUGAUACAUUGAAGCUAUGGAAUUACUCAACUGGGAAGUUUUUGAAGAUUUAUACUGGGCAUAAGAAUAGAGUUUAUUGUUUGACAUCUACGUUUUCGGUUACGAAUGGGAAGUAUAUUGUGAGUGGAUCAGAGGAUAAUUGUGUUUACUUAUGGGAUUUACAAGGGAAAACGAUGAUACAGAAAUUUGAAGGUCAUUCUGAUGCUGUUAUCUCGGUUACUUGUCAUCCUACUGAGAAUAAAAUUGCUUCCGCUGGCCUUGAUAGCGAUAGAACAAUCAGGAUUUGGUUUCAGGAUUAGUAUGAUAGAUUCAUGGUUGGAAUGUGAUCAAUUCUCUUAACAGUUAGAUGAAGAAGAUGAAGAUUUGUUUUUGGGAAAGGUGAUGAUUUUGGUUUGAUUGAUUCUGUUAAAACCCUAAUUCUCUUGUGGGUCUGUGUAAUUGUUCUUGAUACUGUAGAUUAGAAACCGGUGGUAUUUGAUUGUUCAAAACAUUUGUAUUACCAACUGAACUGUUCAAACCUGGAUUGAUUCAUAUCAAAAUCUUUUCAUCUUUAUGUAUAGUUGAAGACAUGAAAUUUCUUCU